AUGGGGAAGAACAGACGGGAACGCCGUCAUCUCGCAGCACUGGUGGUGGCCGCCGGAGAGAACUCCAGAGUCCCAACGAACGCAGUCAAAUCGUUGCGGAAGGCUCACGGAGGCACUCAGACGGCCUGGGUGAAAUUGCCUGUGGCAACGGCGAAGAAGAUUGCCGGAGAGCAUGGCAAAAUCAAGAUUGGCUGGGUUAACUGCCGGAUUAGAGGAGUGGAGAGACCCCUGAAGUGCUAUAAGUGCUGGGACUUCGGACAUCUCGCCAAUCACUGCAAGGGCGAGGUGGACCGCUCUAAACUCUGCAUCAAAUGUGGGGAGGGUAGCCACCUGGUCUCCAAAUGUCAGACAGACGCCAAAUGCGCCCUCUGUGUCGCGAAGGGCCGCACGGAUAAAUGUACCCAUAUCGCUGGUAGCAGCAGAUGCCCAGUGUACAAGGAGGCAGUCCAGGCGGUAACGAAGAAACGAAAAUGA